UCCAUCGGGGCUAUUUAAAGUCAGGGAAGGCAAAUCUCCAGCCGCACCGCCCACAAUCCUCGGCCACGUCCCAGCCAAUGGGAGCACGAGAGAGUCCGCCCCAGCCAAUGAGAGACGAGCCCGAGGACGCACUCCGUCGGCAGAAGGCGACCGUGGCGUGGAGCGGUGUCCUCCGCGCUGUAACAAACCUUUAAGUUAACGUUUAGUUUCGAUACGGACGGAGUGAGGCGAGCGAGGGCGGGGAGCUGCUGUGAGGCAGAACAUGGGGGACCUCGAGGGUUCAUACCGGGCCCUGCAGACCCCCGGCGUGCGGCUGGGAGCGCAGUUCAACCCCGGCGUCAGCACGCUGGAGCCGGGCCACAGCCUCGGCGGCACCCCGGCCGGCAGGAGCCCCGGCCGAGAGCUGCAGAUCCGUGUGCAGGGCCUGGACGACUCCCAGGAGUUCUUCAAUGUCGACACAAAGGCUCUUGGACAGUACCUCCUCUCUGAGGUUUUCUUGAGAGGGAAUCUCAUAGAGCGGGAUUACUUUGGCCUGGAGUUUCAGAACUUGCAGAUGAACUGGGCUUGGCUGGAACCCACCAAACCCAUAGUGAGACAAGUCCGGAGGCCGGCAAAUGCGCUUUUCAGGCUGUCUGUGAAGUUCUUCCCUCCAGACCCGGGUCAGCUGCAGGAGGAGUACACCAGGUACCUGUUCUCGCUGCAGAUGAAAAGAGAUCUGAUGGAAUCCAGGUUGAUCUGCACAGAAAAUACCGGAGCCCUGCUGGCCUCUCACCUCGUCCAGUCGGAGAUUGGCGACUACGACGACGCGGCGGACCGGGACUUCCUUAAGUCGACCCAGCUGUUGCCGUAUCAAGAGAAGGUGCAGGAGCGGAUCAUGGAGCUGCACCGACGGCACCUCGGCCAGACUCCCGCUGAAUCAGAUUUCCAAAUCCUGGAGAUUGCGCGUAAACUGGAGAUGUACGGCGUCCGCUUCCACCCAGCGGCCGACCGGGAAGGCUCCAAGAUCAACCUGGCCGUUGCUCACAUGGGCCUUCAGGUGUUUCAGGGCAACACCAAAAUAAACACCUUCAAUUGGUCCAAGAUUCGCAAACUGAGCUUCAAGAGAAAGCGGUUCCUGAUCAAGCUCUACCCGGAGGUUCACGGGCCCCAUCAGGACACGCUGGAGUUCCUGAUGGCCAGUCGCGACCAGUGUAAGAUCUUCUGGAAGAUCUGCGUGGAAUACCACUCGUUUUUCCGCAUGUUCGACCAACCCCAGCCCAAAUCCAAAGCCAUCCUCUUCACCAGAGGCUCUUCCUUCAGAUACAGUGGACGGACCCAGAAGCAGCUCGUCGACUACGUCAGGGAAAGCGGUGCGAAGAGAACUCCGUACCAGAGGAGGAACAGUAAAGUCCGAAUGUCUGCUCGCUCCCUCGCCACCGAUGUGCCAAAACAGAGCUUGUCGUUCAACGACAGUCUCUGUGCCCCAGGCUCCGCCUCCUCCGCCACCGUGUCCUUCUCCCCGGCGCGCAGCCCCCCACGGACUGAGCUCCAGCCGCGGGGGGCUGCGCCCACGCCGAGCUGGUCCCCGGCCUCGCCGCAGCAGCUCCAGCUUCAGUCCCCUCUGCAGGCCGCCAGACCCCCGAGCCCUCCGAAGGAAGAACCCGCCAAGGCCGCGUCCCCGUCUCACUUCGCUUUUCAAGAUUCCGCUGCAGACAGCCCUCAGGCCUCCCCCGUCAGCUCCAAAGGCCCCCUCUGCUUGUCCCCCUCCUUCCAGAUGUCCACCCUCAGCCUGCCGGGCCAGAACCCGUCGCCCCUGCAGAGCCCCGUCCUGGGCGAGGGUGGCAGUAAUCCCAGGCUCGAGGAGGAAGAGGAGGGCAGGAGGAAGCGAUAUCCCACCGACAAGGCCUACUUCAUCGCCAAAGAGAUUCUGACCACAGAGCGAACAUACCUGAAGGACCUCGAGGUCAUCACUGUGUGGUUCCGCAGCGCCGUGAUCAAAGAGAACGCCAUGCCCGAAGUCCUGAUGAACCUCCUCUUCUCCAACAUCGACCCCAUCUACGAGUUCCACCGGGGCUUCCUCAAGGAGCUGGACCAGAGACUGGCUCUCUGGGAGGGACGCUCCAACGCUCACGUCAAGGGGGACUUCCAGAGGAUCGGCGACGUGAUGCUGGGGAACAUGUGCGCUCUCAAGGAAUUCACCGGCUUCCUGCAGAAACACGACGAGGUGCUGACCGAGCUGGAGAAAGCCAGCAAGAGGCUGAAGAAGCUGGAGACGGUCUACAAGGAGUUUGAGCUGCAGAAGGUGUGCUACCUGCCCCUCAAUACCUUCCUGCUCAAGCCCAUCCAGCGCCUCAUGCACUACAAGCUCAUCCUGGAGCGGCUGUGCAAGCACUAUUCCCCCGCCCACCGCGACCACGACGACUGCAAGGAGGCUCUGAAGGAAGUGGCGGAGAUCGCCGCCCAGCUCCAGAGCAGCCUGAUCCGCCUGGAGAACUUCCAGAAGCUGACGGAGCUGCAGAGAGACCUGAUCGGCAUAGAGAACCUGACUGGGCCGGGCAGGGAGUUCAUACGAGAGGGGUGUCUGUACAAACUCACAAAGAAAGGCCUGCAGCAGAGGAUGUUUUUCCUGUUCUCCGACAUGCUCCUCUACACGAGCAAAGGCGUCACGGCGACCAACCAGUUCAAAGUGCACGGCCAGCUGCCCCUUCACGGCAUGAUCCUCAUAGUGCUGGAUACACCGGUUGAGGAGAGCGAAAACGAGUGGUCGGUCCCUCACUGCUUCACCAUCUACUCUGCUCAGAGGACCGUCGUCGUGGCCGCCAGCUCUAGAGUGGAGAUGGGGAAGUGGAUUGAGGACCUGAACUUGGCCAUUGACCUGGCAAAGAAAUCCCAGGAGAAGUCCAGCAUCUUCCUUGACGCAGGACUCGGCGAUCACUCCAACCGGUCGUCCGACGAGGUGUCUCUGGAGCAGGAGUCGGAGGACGACAUGAACUCGUCGCACACGUCGCUGGACAAGCAGACGCACCACCGCGCCAACACCACCAUGCACGUGUGCUGGCACCGUAACACCAGCGUGUCUAUGUCCGAUCACAGCCAGGCUGUGGAGAACCAGCUGUCCGGUUACCUCCUGAGGAAGUUCAAGAACAGCAACGGCUGGCAGAAGCUCUGGGUGGUCUUCACCAACUUCUGCUUGUUCUUCUACAAGACUCACCAGGACGACUUCCCCCUGGCCAGCCUGCCCCUGCUCGGCUACACGGUGAGCACCCCCGACGAGACGGACGGCAUUCACAAGGACUACGUCUUCAAGCUGCAGUUCAAGUCCCACGUUUACUUUUUCCGGGCGGAGAGCGAGUACACCUUCGAAAGAUGGAUGGAGGUGAUCAAGAGCGCGGCCAGCACCACGGGCCGGAUGAGCCUGCUCGUGCCCAAAGGAGGUCCCGCGGAGAUGAACGGGAACUGAAGGGGGUGCCGCCCCCGCACCUGGAGGCUGGGCCUCCCGGGGCAUCCGAGAGGCCGCCGCGUUUUCUUUUUUGGGGGCAUAUUUUUACGGGGAGCAAAUAUUCUGACGAUAGCAAACGGAGGCUGAAAGACGCAGCCGGUUAAAAGUAUUUAACAUUUGUCAGCCUACGGAUUUCAUUCUAACGUUUGUGUCAGCAUACAGGACAUAAGAAAGGGAGAUUUUUUUUAUACAGUUUAAUUUUAAUUUUGUUACAUGUGUUUGUUCACAUAAAUUACUGUCAUAUGGGACCAACUCUAACACAAAAGGGGCUUUUACUCAUUAGCGCGCCAUGACUGAAGCUGCGUUGAGAUGCGCAUUAUGCCCAGCGUGUGGGGGGGGACAAAUGAAGGUACACGGUUAUAUGUGCUCUCCAUUGGAGGCGUGUGUGUGUGUGUGUGCGUGUGCGUGUGCAUGCUUGAUGAUGACCAGCAGAAAGUUCUCGGGAUGUUGAAGCAGGUUUUAAGUCGUUACGUUUUUUGCGAUGCAUGGGAAGUUUGGAGAAAAUGUGACCCGCACGUGAUUUCGGUUUGCAGGCAUUUGGCAGCAUUUGUGAGAAGAUGAUGAUUCUUUUUUCGAUGAAUAAAGCUGAAGUAUUAGUGAGCAGCCAUUUUUCGCUGAGGCGUUCCUGUCUGUGGGAGGCGAUUUCAGAUGAAGGGAGCUGCUUUAAUGUGUAGUCGGGCAGCGUGACGGCCAGUUGGGUGCUACAUUUGUCUUUUUAAUGUCAAACGUAUCCUGUUUUUAUUCUUCGGGUUAGGGAUAACAACUUGAGGACAUGUUGUGCAGUAGUGACCCAAGUGUGCAAAGGUUGCAGGGCUUCUCCUCUAAAGGCGAGACACAAGGACACAUUUUGAAGUAAUCCUACGAGGUGAUGAAGUCCUGCUGCAUGCCGGGCUCAUGGGAGACACCAACGCCAUUUAUUGACUGUUAUUUGGUGCACGCGUAAAAUUAAUCGGGAUGUUUUAAUGUGUGUGUGUGUGUGUGUGUGUGUGUCUGCGCGCGUGCGCCAUCUCCGAACCGUCUUGACUUUCUGUGUGAGCGGUCAACUGUUAACAAGCGGUACAUGUUACUCCUAUUUAUUGUUUAGCGUCAUCAGGGCCGUUGCUCCCGCAUGCCCCCCCAUGUAGUUAUCAUGUUAUUAUUGUUAUUACAUUGAAGAAAACUAACGAAUAAAACAAACGUUGGAAUCAC